CCUUUUAGGUUACCUAGGGUGAAACAAAAUUACAGGCUUGGAGACUCUGGAAAAGCUCAGCAUCAGCAUUUGAGAGCCGAAGCUUGCAAAUUAUGUGAUUAAUCUACAAGCUGAUAUCAUGAUGUCAAAAUGCAGUUCGGGAAGCAUAAACACAGAGGCUGCGGAAAUUAAAACGGCUGUGCUGGAACAAAAAAGCAAUGAAAGAAACACUGGAUGAAUGAAUGAAAAGCCCUGCUUUGCAAUCCCUCAGCAUGGCGGGACUGCAGCUCAUGACCCCUGCUUCCUCCCCAAUGGGUCCAUUUUUUGGACUACCAUGGCAACAAGAAGCAAUUCAUGAUAAUAUUUACACGCCAAGGAAAUAUCAGGUUGAACUGCUUGAAGCAGCUUUGGAUCAUAAUACAAUAGUCUGCUUAAACACUGGCUCAGGGAAGACUUUUAUUGCAGUACUACUCACUAAAGAGCUGUCCUAUCAGAUCAGGGGAGACUUCAACAAAAAUGGAAAAAGAACUGUGUUCUUGGUCAACUCAGCAAAUCAAGUUGCUCAACAAGUGUCAGCUGUAAGGACACAUUCAGAUCUUAAGGUGGGAGAAUAUUCAAGUUUAGAGAUAACUGAAUCGUGGACAAAAGAGAAGUGGAGUCAGGAAUUCUCUAAGCAUCAGGUUCUGGUUAUGACAUGUCAUGUUGCUUUGACUGUUUUGAGAAAUGAAUAUUUAUCCCUGUCAAAUAUUAAUCUUCUGGUGUUUGAUGAGUGCCAUCUUGCAAUCCAGGAUCACCCAUACCGUGAAAUCAUGAAGAUCUGUGAGGAUUAUCCAUCAUGUCCUCGAAUCUUGGGAUUAACAGCCUCUAUUUUAAACGGGAAAUGUGAUCCUGCUGAGUUGGAGGAGAAGAUCCAGAAACUGGAGAAAAUUUUAAAGAGCAAUGCUGAAACUGCAACUGAUUUGGUGGUCUUAGACAGAUAUACUUCUCAGCCGUGUGAGAUUGUUGUAGACUGUGGACCAUAUACUGACAAAAGUGGGUUGUAUGGAAGACUAUUAAAGGAGUUGGAUGAAGCACUUACUUUUCUAAAUGACUGCAACAUAUCUGUGCAUUCAAAAGAAAGAGAUUCUACCGUAAUUUCUAAGCAGAUAUUGUCAGACUGUCGAGCUGUGUUGGUUGUUCUGGGACCCUGGUGUGCAGAUAAGGUAGCUGGGAUGAUGGUGAGAGAGCUGCAGAAGUAUAUCAAACACGAACAAGAGGAGCUGCACAGGAAAUUUUUAUUGUUUACAGACACUUUCCUAAGGAAAAUACAUGCACUCUGUGAAGAGCACUUCUCGCCUGCCUCACUUGACCUGAAAUUCGUAACCCCAAAAGUAAUAAAGCUGCUUGAAAUCUUGCGCAAAUAUAAACCGUAUGAACGGCAGCAGUUUGAAAGUGUUGAAUGGUAUAACAAUAGGAAUCAGGAUAAUUACGUAUCUUGGAGUGAUUCUGAAGAUGAUGAUGAGGAUGAAGAAAUUGAGGAGAAAGAGAAGCCAGAGACUAAUUUCCCAUCUCCCUUUACUAAUAUUUUAUGUGGAAUUAUUUUUGUGGAAAGAAGAUACACAGCAGUUGUUCUAAAUAGGUUGAUAAAAGAAGCUGGCAAGCAAGAUCCAGAACUGGCUUACAUCAGUAGCAAUUUUAUAACUGGACAUGGCAUUGGCAAGAACCAGCCUCGUAACAAGCAGAUGGAAGUAGAGUUCAGAAAACAGGAAGAGGUUCUUAGAAAAUUUCGUGCACAUGAGACUAACCUACUUAUUGCUACUAGUAUUGUAGAAGAGGGCGUUGACAUACCAAAAUGCAACUUGGUGGUGCGUUUUGAUUUGCCCACAGAGUACCGUUCCUACGUGCAGUCAAAAGGAAGAGCUAGAGCACCAAUUUCCAAUUACAUUAUGUUAGCAGAUACAGACAAAAUCAAAAGUUUUGAAGAAGAUCUUAAGACGUACAAAGCAAUCGAGAAGAUCCUCAGAAACAAAUGCUCAAAAUCUGUUGAUACCAAUGAAACUGAAACUGAACCCAUUGUUGAUGAUGAUGAUGUAUUUCCACCCUAUGUGUUGAGGCCAGAUGAGAACAGUCCAAGAGUGACUAUUAACACUGCUAUUGGACACAUAAAUAGGUACUGCGCUAGAUUACCAAGUGAUCCAUUUACACACCUAGCUCCCAAGUGUAAAACCCGAGAACUACCUGAUCAUACGUUUUACUCUACUCUCUACCUGCCAAUCAACUCACCUCUUCGAGCUUCAAUUGUUGGUCCUCCAAUGAGUUGUGCAAGACUGGCUGAGAGAGUUGUAGCUCUUAUUUGCUGUGAAAAACUGCACAAAAUUGGUGAACUGGAUGAUCAUUUGAUGCCAGUUGGUAAAGAAACGGUUAAAUAUGAGGAGGAGCUUGAUUUACAUGAUGAAGAAGAAACCAGUGUUCCAGGAAGGCCAGGCUCUACAAAAAGACGACAAUGCUAUCCUAAAGCUAUUCCAGAAUGUUUGAGGGAUAGUUAUCCCAAACCUGAUCAGCCCUGUUACCUGUAUGUAAUAGGAAUGGUGUUAACGACUCCUCUACCUGAUGAGCUCAACUUCAGGAGACGAAAGCUAUAUCCUCCUGAGGACACAACAAGAUGUUUUGGCAUAUUGACAGCUAAACCUAUACCUCAGAUUCCUCACUUUCCUGUGUAUACUCGUUCUGGAGAGGUUACAAUAUCUAUUGAGCUUAAGAAAUCUGGCUUUACUCUGUCUCUGCAAAUGCUUGAGCUGAUAACGCGACUCCACCAGUACAUUUUUUCACAUAUUCUUCGUCUUGAGAAACCUGCACUAGAGUUCAAACCCACAGAAGCUGAUUCAGCCUAUUGUGUUCUACCUCUUAAUGUUGUUGAUGACUCCAGCACUUUGGACAUUGACUUUAAGUUUAUGGAAGACAUUGAGAAAUCUGAGGCGCGUACAGGCAUUCCCAGUACACAAUAUACAAAAGAAAUGCCUUUUAUUUUCAAGUUAGAAGAUUACCAGGAUGCAGUUAUCAUUCCACGGUAUCGAAAUUUUGAUCAGCCUCAUCGAUUCUAUGUAGCUGAUGUAUACACUGAUCUUACUCCACUCAGUAAAUUCCCUUCCCCUGAAUAUGAAACUUUUGCUGAAUAUUAUAAAACAAAGUAUAAUCUUGAUCUGACCAAUCUCAACCAGCCACUGCUGGAUGUGGACCACACAUCUUCAAGACUUAAUCUUUUGACUCCUCGCCAUUUGAAUCAGAAGGGGAAAGCACUUCCACUAAGCAGUGCUGAGAAGAGGAAGGCAAAGUGGGAAAGCUUGCAGAAUAAGCAGAUACUGGUUCCAGAGCUUUGUGCUAUACAUCCUAUUCCAGCAUCAUUGUGGAGAAAAGCAGUUUGCCUCCCCAGCAUACUUUAUCGCCUGCACUGCCUUUUGACAGCAGAGGAACUAAGAGCUCAAACAGCCACUGAUGCUGGUGUAGGGGUUAAAUCACUUCCUGCAGAUUUCAGAUAUCCUAACUUGGACUUUGGAUGGAAAAAGUCUAUUGACAGCAAAUCCUUCAUCUCUAUUCCUAACUCCUCUUCAGUAGAGAAUGAAAAUUACUGUAAGCACAGCACAAUUGUAGUCCCUGAAAAUGCUGCACAUCAAGGUGCUAAUAGAACCUCUUCUGCAGAAAACCAUGACCAAAUGUCUGUGAGUUACAGAACAUUGCUCAGUGAGUCACCCAAUAAACUCCAAAUUGAUGUCUCGGCAGAACUUGCAGCAAUUAAUGGUGUUUCUUAUAAUAAAAAUCUUGCCAAUGGCAAUUGUGAUUUAGUUAACAGAGACUUUUGCCAAGGAAAUCAGCUGAAUUACUGCAGGCAGGAAAUACCUGUACAACCAACUACCUCAUAUCCCGUUCAGAAUUUAUACAGCAGUGAGAACCAGCCCAAGCCCAGCAAUGAAUGUACUCUACUGAGUAAUAAAUACCUUGAUGGAAAUGCUAACAGAUCUACCUCAGAUGGAUGCCCCAAAAUGGCAGUGACCACCAGUACUUCAAAAGCUAUUAAUCUUUCAAAAGACAGAGCAGAUUCUGAAAAGAACCCUUCCAGUGUGUACUCCUCAAAAACUCUUGGUCCUAAUCCUGGUCUCAUUCUUCAAGCUUUGACUCUUUCAAAUGCUAGUGAUGGAUUUAAUCUGGAGCGGCUAGAAAUGCUUGGUGAUUCGUUUUUAAAGCAUGCCAUCACUACAUACUUGUUUUGCACUUAUCCUGAUGCUCAUGAGGGACGGCUGUCAUAUAUGAGAAGCAAAAAAGUCAGCAACUGUAAUUUGUAUCGCCUUGGAAAAAAGAAAGGACUGCCUAGUCGUAUGGUGGUAUCGAUCUUUGAUCCCCCUGUCAAUUGGCUUCCUCCUGGCUACAUAGUGAACCAGGACAAGAGCAACACUGAUAAGUGGGAGAAAGAUGAAAUGACAAAGGAGAAUUUGUUGGCUAAUGGUAAACUUGAUGAUUAUGAAGAUGAUGAAGAGGAUGAAGACCUAAUGUGGAGGUUACCCAAGGAAGAAACAGACUUUGAAGAUGAUUUUCUGGAGUAUGAUCAGGAGCAUAUCAAAUUCAUUGACAACAUGUUAAUGGGAUCAGGGGCUUUUGUGAAGAAAAUUUCUCUCUCUCACUUUUCAACCACUGAUUCAAACUAUGAAUGGAAAGCACCCAAAAAGUCAUCCCUGGGUAACGUUCAGUUUUCAUCAGAUUUUGAUGAUUUUGACUAUAGCUCUUGGGAUGCUAUGUGCUAUCUGGAUCCUAGCAAGGCUGUUGAAGAGGAUGAUUUUGUAGUGGGCUUCUGGAAUCCAUCAGAAGAAAACUGUGGUGUUGAUGCAGGAAAACAGUCUAUCUCAUAUGACUUGCAUACAGAGCAGUGUAUUGCUGACAAAAGCAUUGCAGACUGUGUGGAAGCCCUGUUGGGCUGCUAUCUGACCAGCUGUGGUGAAAGAGCUGCUCAGCUUUUCCUGUGUUCGUUGGGGCUGAAGGUGCUCCCUGUAAUUAAAAAGACUGAUUGGGAAGGCACUUUGUGUGCUACCAGAGAGAAUUGUAACAGUGAGCAGAAAAAUCUUUCACCAAACUCUGUUUCUGCUUCUGUAGCUAAUUCAGAGCCCUUUCUGUAUAAAGACCUGGAGUAUGGCUGUUUGAAGAUUCCACCAAGGUGUAUGUUUGAUCACCCAGAUGCUGAAAAAACCCUAAAUCACCUUAUUUCUGGUUUUGAAAACUUUGAGAAGAAAAUAAACUACAGUUUUAAGAACAAGGCUUAUCUUCUUCAGGCAUUUACUCAUGCCUCAUACCAUUAUAAUACCAUUACUGAUUGUUACCAGCGCUUAGAAUUCCUGGGAGAUGCAAUUUUGGACUACCUCAUAACCAAGCACCUUUAUGAAGACCCACGGCAACACUCUCCAGGAGUUCUUACUGACCUACGAUCUGCUCUAGUCAAUAAUACCAUUUUUGCAUCAUUAGCUGUAAAAUAUGACUACCACAAGUACUUCAAAGCUGUCUCUCCUGAACUGUUUCAUGUUAUUGAUGACUUUGUGCAGUUUCAAAUGGAAAAGAAUGAAAUGCAAGGAAUGGAUUCUGAGCUCAGAAGAUCUGAAGAAGAUGAAGAAAAAGAGGAAGACAUUGAAGUACCAAAGGCCAUGGGGGAUAUAUUUGAGUCCCUUGCUGGUGCCAUUUAUAUGGAUAGUGGAAUGUCUUUGGAAAUGGUUUGGCAAGUGUACUAUCCAAUGAUGAGGCCAUUAAUAGAAAAGUUUUCUGCUAAUGUGCCCCGUUCCCCAGUGCGAGAGCUGCUGGAGAUGGAGCCAGAGACAGCCAAAUUUAGUCCUGCAGAAAGAACUUACGAUGGAAAGGUCAGAGUAACAGUGGAAGUUGUAGGAAAGGGAAAGUUUAAAGGUGUUGGCAGAAGCUACAGGAUUGCCAAAUCUGCAGCUGCAAGAAGAGCACUACGAAGCCUCAAAGCAAAUCAACCUCAGGUCCCAAACAGCUGAGACUCCUCUUAAAAAUAAAUGAAAUGGGGGGAAAAAAACCCACAUACAAAUAAAGUGAAUUUUUGAAAAUGUUGAUGUUGAGAGGAACAAAUUGGAAGACAGAAUUUAAAGUUUGAUAACAGAAUAGAUAACAAAACAUUUAACAUGUAUAAAAUUUUGGAACUAAUUGUAGUUAUAGUUUUUGCGCAAACACAAUCUUGUCUUCUUUCCUCACUUCUGCUUUGUUUAAUCACGAGAGUGCUUUAAUGAUGACAUUUAGCAAGUGUUCAGAAUAAUUGUUGUCAGGUCUUUUUGGUUUACUUUUAUCGUCAGUACAGCUUUGCUUAGUGUUAGAAGGCCAGGGAGCUUAUGCCUAAUGCAGUUGUUAGAUUUAUAUAUAGUAAUCUUGAAAUUCUUCAAUCUGUGCACUAGUGCCAGUCAUAAAGCAGUUGAUAAACUGUGCUGGAUGAUUGGGUAUAAGAAAGAUAAAGUGUGCCAGUAUUCUCAUUUUUUUUUCUUCUUUUUUUUCUUCUUUUUUUCGUUUUUCUCUCCAUGUCAUCUUCUUACAUUAAGAUGGCAUUCCCAGUCAUUAUUGCACUUAUUUGUUAGGGACAGAUUUUAAUUGAAAUGGCUGGCAUACUGGUAGAAUGAAACUUCAGUUUCCUUAUACCACACAGUCUUGCAUAAAA